UUGUCUCUUUAGAUGGCCAGCAAAAUUUGGCCCACCAUUUCACAAUUUAUGUAGCAAAUCACUAACGUUUAACAUAAUUAUAAGAUUUUGUAACCAUGACGGAAGGGAUACUUCAUAUUUCACACUUGAAUGUUUUUGAUUGACUAUUAAUGCCACAACAUAAUAGAAGAUACAUUAUAUUCUUCUAUGUUUUCCAAAAGAAAAGAACCCCUUCAGUCUCAAGAAACUUCCCACCGACGAUUCCUCCAUAUAUUGCUAUCUGUGUAUAAAAAAAAUCAGUCUUUCCUUUUCAAUAUAUCUUUUUUCACAAAAUUAUUUAUCUUGUAACCUAUCCUUUAUUGCUUCUACAACAGUGGCGCUCAUUUGAGUUUUGCAUGCAUAUCUCAAUUGUUUUAUCAGCCACCUUUCAGUAGUACAUCUAUCUGGUAACAUUGUUCAUCGCAGUAUAUGUAAUUGACAUGUCUUCAAAAAUCCAAGUUUGUAGUAUGCUAAAUUAGGUUCCAUAGGCAAGAUCUCUUGGUUAUCUUGUCUUACUACCUUUUACCAAUACAUAGAUAUACGAUAACUUUAUUCACCGGAGUACUAAGCAUAUCUCCAAGAAUCUUAAUUUGUAUGCUAAAUUAGGUUCAAUACGCACAUCUCUUGGCUUUCCUACCUUUUCCCAAUAUAAAUAUCUGGUAACUCGGUUCAUAAUAGAAAUAACCAUAUCCCAAGAAUCUCAAUUAAGGUUCUUGAGAUGGGGAAUUGUGUGUUCAAGGGUUUUGGUUCUGGAGAAGUUGAUCAAGAAGAAGAAAACAAGAUGAUAAAAGUAGUCACUUCUAAUGGUGGCAUCAUGGAGCUACAUGCACCUAUCACUGCCCACUGCAUCACUAAUGAAUUCCCAGGCCAUUCCAUUUAUCAUAGCCAUGACAUGUUGUCUCCACCACUUUUUCCUAAUGAGGAACUUCAUGCUGGUCAAUCAUACUAUCUCCUCCCUCAAUUAAACCAUCCUAUUAUUAAAUCCAAAAGAGGAAGAGAUCUUGAAAAAGAAGAAAAAAGUGAUGUCAAUAUUACUACUUGUAAUAGUAGUAGAAACAAUUUAGCUCAAGCAACACCUUAUAGGAUGUCAUUUGAUAAUCAAAGGAUGCGCAAGAGAUCAGAAGCUGAGGUUUUUCCUACCUACAAUAGUACAGGUGUGUGGAAAGUGAAGUUGCUUAUAAGCCCAGACCAGCUGUCAGAUAUUUUGGCACAUGAGGCACGUACAGAGGCACUAAUAGAGAGUGUUAGGACAGUAGCCAAAUGUGGUUCUGGGGCUUCUUCUAUGGGUACUGCUCAUUCAGAUAAAUGGAGUUAUUUUAGCACUAAUAAUAAUAAUUGGAAGGCAGCCAACCCUAUCUGAGUACUCUUCAUGUUUGUGCUAUAUUCUUAUUUUAUCGAUUUCGAGUACCAUUGAAUACAAAAUCAGCUAUAUUAGAAAGCGCUUAACCUUUUAAUUUAGGACUUUUCGGUAUGAGUACUUUUCUUUGCGAAUAAAGUUUUAUAUAGUUAUGUAAAUCUAGUAGUGAUGGCACUAGCAGCAUCAACAUUGAUUAAUUUAAUUUCUUCAUGUAAUAUAUUUGGCCAAGUUAGUAUUACAGUGGUGUAUCUAGCCAUGGUUCGUGGGCUCAACAGUACCUAAUAAUGUUUUAACUUGGAGUGGGUUUGGUAUGAAGGAAAA